CUUUAAUUAAUUACUGUACGUGAUAGUUGUCUGGGCUGAAGCAGGAGCAGGGGGCUGCGUCUCCCCAGGCGAAAGGCGCUCCACGUCGGAAGCAGAAGCCCAAGAAAGGAAACGGACGGACGCCUCGUCCUCCACGGCCCGGCCCACAGACCCAACAGCCAGCCGGUGUGGGCAUGCGGGCCCUCUUUCUUGAUGGGCCCGCCUCUCGAGGUGGGACCGGCGUUUUCUUGCCGCGUGGUGGUGGAGCUGCUUCCCCAUCCGAAUCAACCAACAAACAAGAAAUGUGUGAUGUCAGGGAAAGGUUGCGCCAGUGUUCUUAUACCUGCGAGAGUCGUCCAGGCUUUGCAACUCCACUUCGACCAAAUGGCCGCCACGUCUGGGCCCAAAUCUGCUGGCUUCCCUCCUCUCCAUGAUGUUCUAGUGAGUAACAGGGAUGGCAUGUAUUCACUUCAGAAGCGCCAGUCACAGAAAGUGGUGGCAAGUAACCAGCAUGAUACGAUUCUGCCUCAAGAGUGGACAUAUUGAAGAAUGUACAUGCACAUGCACAUGCACAUGCAUUUCCUACUCUUUUUACACAUACAGAAUAAAUAAUAAUCCUGUUUUUGCCCAAACUGAAGAAAGAAACAAAGAUAAGUGUGAAGCAUAAAAGAAAUUCCCAUACAAGGGAUCGGAUCCAUAUACGGGUCGAGGGAAUCUUUUCAUCACACGCAGAGUACGACCAACAGGGGUCCAUAUACGGAUUGAUUUAAUAAAUAUAUGUCUUGUUUUGUAUUUUGCUACUUGUUUGCGUACGUAGCUGUAUACUACGUACUCGUGAGUCGUCACAGAAUACCAGAAUACAAGAAAUAAAAUCUAGCUCUCUUUGUAUGGCAAUGCAAGCCUUGAAUCUAAAUCCGAAGGAUGUCUUUUUAAAUCCUUUGUAA